CCUGUCGCUGGCGGUGGCGGACCUGCUCGUGGCCUGCCUGGUGAUGCCCCUGGGCGCCGUGUACGAGGUCAGCCAGCAGUGGACCCUGGGGCCGGAGCUGUGCGACAUGUGGACCUCCAGCGACGUGCUGUGCUGCACGGCGUCCAUCCUGCACCUCGUCGCCAUCGCCCUCGACAGGUACUGGGCGGUGACCAACAUAGACUACAUCCACCAGCGCACGGCGCGCCGCAUCGGCGCCAUGAUCGCGGUGGUGUGGGCGGUGGCCUUCAUGGUGUGCAUCGCGCCCAUGCUGGGCUGGAAGGACCCGGCGUGGCAGCAGCGCGUGGACCAGGACCGCCAGUGCCUCGUCAGCCAGGACGUCGGCUACCAGGUGUUCGCGACGGCGUCCUCCUUCUACCUGCCGCUCGCUGUCAUCCUGGCGCUGUACUGGCGCAUCUUCCAGACGGCGCGCAAGCGCAUCCGGCGGCGGGUGAACGCCUCGGCGGCGGCGCCCGGCGGCGUGCGCAACCCGGCGGCGGGCGGCGUGGUGGCGGGGGCGGCGGGCACCACGGGCGGCCUGGCGGCGGCCGUCGUCACCGUCAUCGGCCGGCCGCUGCCCACCAUCUCCGAGGCCACCACCACCACCACCACGGCCUUCACCAACGUGUCCUCCGCCAACACCAGCCCCGAGAAGCCGUCGCUCGCCAACGGCGUGGAGGUAGACGCCCCCACCGUCACCGACUGCGGCCUCGCGUCCUACCCGCCGCCGCCGCCGCUGCACCACCACUUCCCCGCGCGCAGGAAGGUCAAGGACCCCGCCGACUCGAAGCGCGAGCGCAAGGCGGCCAAGACGCUGGCCAUCAUCACCGGCGCCUUCGUGGUGUGCUGGCUGCCCUUCUUCAUCCUCGCCAUCCUGCUGCCCGUGUGCCAGGCGUGCCACUUCAACGAGUACAUGGUGUCGUUCUUCCUGUGGCUCGGCUACUUCAACUCCACGCUCAACCCCAUCAUCUACACCAUAUUCAGCCCCGAGUUCCGGCACGCCUUCAAGCGCAUCCUGUACGGCCGGCGCGGCAAUCUGCGGCGGCGCAACCGGCGUCUGGGCGUGCGGUACCUGCAGUGAGCGCCAUCUUGUUCUCUCGGUCGAGAUCAACGACCGGCGCGCCUGCAGUGAGCGCCAUCUUGUUCUCUCGGUCGAGACCAACGACCGGCGCGCCUGCA